CCCUCCCAGCCUACCAGUCCCACCCGCUGCCGUACUCCACCGCCACCGACGCCGGAAUGAAGGGCGUGCCCGCCGACACCGCGGCGCCCCAGGUGCCGGCGACCAAGAUCGCCAUGCCGGCUUCCGCGGCGGGCGGCGCGGAGGCGGCGCUCCUGGGCAAGGGGCGGUACAAGGUCUGGGCAUUGGCCGCCAUCGCGCUGCUCGCGCUCUGGUCCAUGUCCGCCGCCUCCGUCUCCCUGCGCUGGUCCUCCUCGGGCGACCUCGCCGCCUUCUCCGGGGACCUGGACGUACCGCUCGGCGGCGACCUCGACUCCCUCGAGAUGGAGGAGAGGGAGAAAUUAGUGGGUCGAAUGUGGGACAUGUACACACGCAUCAGUGAUGAGGUACGGCUUCCACAGUUCUGGCAGGAGGCGUUUGAGGCUGCAUAUGAGGAACUUGCUGGUGAUGAUACGCAGGUCCGUGAUGCAGCUGUUGCUGAGAUUGCCCGAAUGUCAGCUCACAAACUUGAGCUUGAGCAGACAGUGAAUGAGAAUGAGGAAGAGAAUGCAGCAAGCAACAGAGGUGGUAGGUCAAUGGGGAAGUAGUAGUUUCGCAAAUAUCUGCGGCCUGAGAACCUGAAGAUCUCUUGCUGACAAAGAACCCAAAGACCUGAAAUUUGGGGUUUAGACGUGGUUGAUAGUUAUAAUGGUUGUUCACUGGGUCUGCACCAGGUACGGUGAAAAGGGUGUAUUUCUGGCACUGUGUUACGUUAGUUAGUCGCACUUAUGUUUUAUGCCAGAUAGGGCAAAAGGCUUGUCAUUGCUGAUUUGCUGUAAAGUAACCUUCCACAGUGAAGAUGUUCCCAUAUUCUCAGGCUCCCUUGGCCACGGCUUAUGUGACUUGCUUCUAUAAUUCUGUUUGUGUUCA